CAGGCAUUCAAAACUUUCCCUUGCUUGGUAGAUCAAACUCGGUUCGACUCACCAGCAUCAGCCUCCGAGUUCAUCAACUCAUAGAGCUAAGCAAUGGUACUGGGCUACUGGCCACUGGGUCAUGAUUUUCCACGUGGCAGAAUCAUAACCAUCUGAGCAAAUGAGCGGUUGAGCACACUGACUCGCGGGAAGGAAAAUUGUUACACCCGAAAAAAUCGAAACUUUAACUGUCAAAGAGGCAUUUCCUUCUCUUCUUGUUUCUGUCUCAUGGCUCUUCACUGCAAUUCUCUUCUCCAUAAUCCUUUUAGAACCAGACCCCUGUCUCCAUUCAAGCUAUUCUCAACCAGCCGUCUUUCCACAGAUUGUAAUGGCCGAAUCUGCAUCAAUUCCAGUACAUUGAACCUAUCAAGGAACGGAAGGAACAGGUUAAAUAAGGUUGUUUCUGCAGUAAUAUCUGAAGAAAGCGCAGUCGGGUCAAGUUCUGCUGGAACUGAUGUGUUCAAACUGACCUACUUAGAGGGGAAUAGUUGGUUAUGGGAAGUGGGUGGAGUCAAGAUUUUGGUUGAUCCAAUCUUAGUGGGUAACUUGGAUUUUGGAAUUCCUUGGCUAUAUGAUGCUGCCAAGAAGUUCUUAAAGAAUUUCCAGCUUAGCAAUCUUCCCGAAGUGGAUUGCUUAUUGAUUACUCAAAGUCUUGAUGAUCAUUGUCAUUUGAAGACCUUAAAGCCUCUAUCGGAAAUCUUGCCAAACCUUAGAGUUAUUGCUACUCCUAAUGCUAAGCCAUUGCUGGAUCCCCGUUUUAGCAAUGUCACUUAUUUAGAGCCUGGUCAGAGCUCUGAAAUUGAAGCUAGAGAUGGUUCCAAAGUCAAAGUUCAAGCAACUGCAGGGCCAGUUCUGGGUCCUCCUUGGCAGCGCCCUGAGAAUGGGUACCUUGUGAAUUCUCCACAAGGACAACUGACACUUUACUAUGAACCACACUGUGUAUAUAACAAGAGUUUUCUGGAGAAGGAACAUGCUGACAUUGUCAUCACACCAGUCAUAAAGCAGCUUCUGCCUAAAUUUACUUUGGUGUCUGGACAAGAAGAUGCCGUUGAACUUGCAAAGUUGCUGCGUGCUAAGUUCAUUGUCCCAAUGAAAAACGGAGACCUUGAUGCCAAAGGGUUUCUUGCCAGUAUCAUCAAGGCAGAGGGAACCAUAGAAUCAUUCAAGGAGCUUUUGGCAAAGGAACUACCAGAUGCCCAGGUACUAGAGCCUAAACCUGGUGUACCAUUAGAAGUUUAUGCACCUUGAAAUUUUCCAGUCACGGAUUGUAUCCUUAUACUACUGUUUCAAUCAGAAUACAGUUUCAUUAAAUAUGUAAAUAUGCUUAGUUUUUGUUUCUUUAGCUAGUUGAGAACAUUGAAAUAACUCGUAUGCUGGGGAAGAUCAAAAAGAAAAAACUAGUGUAAAGGGCAAUAUGACCAUAACUUUGCUCUCUUUUUUUAGCAAAAGAUGGCUCUUUUUGGGAUUC